UUGUGGAGCUAAAGAGCUCUGGGCAAGUCACCCUCGCAUCAUUAUCGAUUCUAUUCUAAUUGAAAAUGUUGUGUCUACAUGUGGUGCUAUUUCUACUGGGAUUGUUGGCUUUUUCUCGAGCGGAUACCUUGGUGCAGCUCCAUGUGAAUCGUCCCUACAAUGAUGUCAACGAGAAGUUCGUGAGCUUCGCUGUGAGGCCUGAGGAUAUGUACGAUGCUCUCGAUGGGAAGAAUCGUAAAGCUGUCACUAGCAUGGCUGCACUGCUUGGAGAUGCCUAUGUCAAGUUCAUUGGUGACUUCUAUUUUGCCACCAAUGCGCCGACACGUCUCCGUAAUCCCACCAAGAUCAUUUGGAAGGGAUUCAAUCGCUGGACACGCGCCGUCAAUUGGACGAUGAUUAUUCCGGUGCCUUACGCUCCGGAUGAGUGGGAUUCCAUGCACACUCUCAAGAUUCUGAACACCUCCUAUAUGGUGGGAAUUACGGACUGCAUCUGGCAGCUUGGCACCGACUUUGGCACAUCGCGGGCGAAGGAUUACGUGCAGGAGCUGAGCACAUUGAAGCUUAUGACGGACACCUUCAGUCCCUACGUGGAUAGCUGGCAAGUGAUGGGUGCGGAUAUCUCAGCUGGCAGCAGCGCUGAGGAGACUCGCAAAUAUGUGGACAUGUCCAAGGAUUUGAACGCGGCUUUCGGCUGGACACAGCCCGCCAAUAUGCUGCCCACAACUAGUCUCGGUAGCUACAUUUACGACAGCGAUCCGGCAUUGAGGACACUGCAACAACAACGAGUGCCACUUUGGUUGACGUUACCGGAAGAGCGUUCAGCGGCGCAGUCCAUAAGCAAGCGGUUGAUGGGAGACGAGACGACGGAUGCUCUGCGCUGGGCACAGACACUGGGAGAUGUGGCGAGCGGCGGCUUCGAUGUGAUCUUCAAGCGGAUGAGCCUUGAGGACUUUGAGAGGCCCAAUUUCAGUUACUAUGUGACCGCACUCUUCAAGAAGGUUAUGGGAUCCAGGGUCUUUCCAGCGAGACCUCUGAAUGUGCUUGCUCCGAGCAAUAAACUGUAUACACACUGUGCGAACGCGGUGUCUGGAGGAUUAGCUUUCAUGGUGGUCAACACGGAGGAGCAACCCACCACGAUAACUGUUAAGAGUCUGAGUCGUCUAUCUAGCAGUGACAUUUGGGAAUAUGUCUUAACUGCCCAGGAUGGUCGGGUGCGUCUGAACAACCAGAAACUGUCGCUCAACUACACUCUUCGUCCUCUGGUCAAGCCGAAGGAUGCCAGUAAGACUCUGCAGCUGAUCACGCCCAGCAUGUCCGUGGGAUUCUGGGUGCUCCCGAGUGUCAAUCUUGAGCAUUGUCAAUAUACUGAAAUCGAAGCGGACGAUGCCAAUGCGGAGGCCUCAUCCGAGAGUCGCCGUUCCAGCGGAUACAGCUCAGCUGAUCGCCUCUUGCAGCGACUGAUCGAGGAGACCGCCGUGUCACGAGGAUCGCUCCAAAGUACCAUUAACCGCAAUCGCCGUUUUGUCCUAGAUAAUCCAGAGACGGCAGCUCCCGGAUCGCUGCUCGGUAAGUUGUUGCAGCCCUUCAAUGUGCCACAAGAGAAGGCAGCGACAGGUACAGGGAGCGCUGUUAAGCGACAGGUGACAGAUAAGGUGAAGUCCAAGUCCCAGUCGGUGCGUCCUUAUGAGGCAAUGACCUGGCUAAGACAAGUUAUAGAGCAGAGCCGGGAUGUGGCACAGUUACAGCGACAACGACACCGCCGGAGCAGACGAAGUCCCUCGGAAUACAGUGGUCCCUACUUCUACAAUAGACAUGGCAAAAAGACGGCGCUGACCAAGAAGAUAACAGAGAUACGUAAGCCAGAGCGUAAGAUUAAACCGCUCUUCGAUCUCGCUGAGUUUGACGAAGAGGAGUUUUUCAAGAAAAUGGGUGAGCAGCCGGAGCCACCACCGUAUUCCCGACUUCCCGAGGGAGAUGUCCAUCUCAAGCACAUUGAGUCGCCAGAUGGCGAAGAGAGCGAGAUGCAGCCGGACUCCGAACAGGUCAGUUUCAUUAAAAAACGCCGACCAGCCGUAAGGAGACAGAUGAAAAUUGUUCAACGCUCGCAAGAAGACAGUGUGGAAGAAGAGCCGGAAGUUCCCAAGGAGCAGGAGCGAAGCAAGUUGCGUCUGCUGCCCACGGAAUUCUUCGAGGCAUUGCCUGCACCCGUGUCCAAGCAUGGCAAACGCUUGAAUCUGGGUGCCACACUAAAUUCGCUUCUGUUUCCCGAACCUUUCUCAAGCAAGGGAUCUAUAAGCAAGAGUCAGAGCAAGCUGGAGUCAGAUGCUGACCCGGAUUCUGAGCCGGAUGUGGACCCUGUCAAAGGAGACGGCAACAAAAAGCGAUCAGCCAAGGAAGAUCAUGUGGCCAGCGACUUUCUGCAGGCACAGCGAGAGCUUGGAAAACACUUCCUCAGUCACAUUAACGAGCACGAGCAAGGAUUGCCGUUGGGUGAUGAGAAUGGACGGGAACAGUCACAUGAGGCUGACUCUUUGGAGAGUGAUCUCAAGCCCCGAGCGCCCAUAAAGCAGCUCCAAUCCAAUGACCAUGAAGAGGAUUUCUUUGGAGCCAAGAAGAUGGAGAGAGCGCCCGUUCCGGCACCUAAAAGGCUGACUAAGAAGAUCAGCGAUGAGAGCAUCACUUCCUGGUGGGAUAUGCCGGCACUAAGACGACGACGUGCCCUGCCUUUCAGCUAUUCUGGCGAAGCCCUCGGAUCCAAUGCGAUUGACAAGGACGAUCGAAUGGAGUUCUUGCCCCUGGGACGCAAUAUGUUCUAUGAGUACAAAGUCGACUUGUCCACUGAAAUGCCUUCCAAGAAAUCCACAGAGUCCGAAGUCAUGAAGAUCAACAGUAAAAGAACUCCAACAACGACAUGUCAAAAGGUCACGCUGUCGGACAAAAUCGUCACCACGGUCAAAUCCAAGGUCUCCAAGUUCAUGAGCAUAAUCUCAAGACACAUGAAUGAGUGGUACAAUACUUUGGCGAAACAUUUGGAAACUGAUGUCGGAAAGUCGAGCAGUUCUAGCAGCGGAGGCGAGAACGCCAUAUAGAUAUAUAAUUAUAAACUAUAAAUAUUUAACUUUAGUAUACUGUGUUUAAAUGACACUUCAUGUAAAUAUGUAUUUAUGUACAAUACAAUUCAGCACAUACAAUUGGAAACCAUA